CACACACACACACAAUUUAAAUAAAAAACUCUCACCUAACUCUAAAUUCAGAUCUGAGUAUCUCACGCAGGACAAUUUCAAGUAACAGCUAUUAAUACGGAUCAUAAUAUGUCAGAUGUAUCACACGAUUCAGCUGAAAAAAUCAGAUCCACUCUGAACUCUGUGUUUGAAUCCUAUCUCACAUGAGACAAGUUUCAAGUGACAACUGUUAACACGGACUUAUGUCACGGAAAUAUCUGAAAAUAUCUUUCGUUCUCGUGAGACCGCAUUCACCGCGUUGUAAAAGAUGCAGCGGACCUCUUCGAAGGUGCAGCAAGCGGUGCUGGCUCGCACGUCCUCUAUACAUAUGCACAAAAGGAAACUGACCGAGCAGGAGAUACAAGAAUUGCAUCAAGAGUUGGAGACUGUCGACCACGUGAUAGCCUUGAAUAUCUUGUGUGCGAAACUGAACACGCAUCCGAAGAUGGGUCUGACGGAGGAGCAAGCCAAGGCAAUCUUUCUACGAGACGGACCGAACGCCUUGUCACCGCCCAAAGUCACUCCGGAAUACAUCAAGUUUAUUAAGUGCAUGUUCCACGGGUUCGCCUUGUUGCUGUGGAUCUGCGCGAUCUUGUGCUUCAUUCUGUACUUAAUCACUUAUUUAAUGCACGAGCCCGACAUCGGUAUCACAUGGUUGGGCGUCAUCAUUAUUCUGAUCUGCCUCAUCUCGGGCGUGUUCGCGUACAUACAGGAGACGAAGAACAUCAAGGUGAUGGAAUCUUUCAAAAAGAUGGUGCCCACCUUCGCCACGGUGUUGCGCGGCGGCGUCAAGCUACGAGUGGCCACAGAAGAGUUGGUUGUGGGCGACGUGGUAGAGAUUCGUACGGGCGACAAAAUACCGGCCGACAUCAGGAUCACCGAGUGCCACGGACUUAGGGUGGAGAAUUCCAGCAUCACCGGUGAGAGCGAGCCAGUGGUGCGUACCGAUUACCCCACUGACAACAAUCCGCUCGAGUCCUCCAACGUGGCCUUCUUCUCGUCGUUCGCCGUGGCAGGCGAAGGUAAGGGGAUCGUUAUCGCCACAGGCGAUCGCACUAUGAUCGGCCGUCUGGCCGGGCUCACCUCGCACUUGCCCAAGAUCGAGACGCCGAUCGCCAAGGAGAUCAGACAUUUCGUCGAGAUCAUCACGAUUGUGGCGAUCUUGUCCGGCGCCAUCUUCUUCGGACUGUCGAUGUUGUUAGAGCCGAAUAUCGUGAGAGCGUUCACCUAUCUGCUCGGAAUAGUGAUCGCCAACGUGCCCGAGGUGUUACUGGUCACCGUAACGACUUGCCUGACGUUGACCGCGCAGAAGAUGGCGAACAAGAACUGUCUGGUAAAGAACCUGGAGGCAGUGGAGACCCUGGGCUCGACCUCGACCAUCUGUUCCGACAAGACCGGUACCCUCACGCAGAACAAGAUGUCCGUAUCGAAUCUCUGGUUCGGUCAUACCAGAUAUAACUUCCCGCCGGGCGAGCGAAUGGGCGUCGAGCGGGACCUGCUGCUAGAGAAGCCGGCCUUCAAAGUCAUGAUGAAGGUCAGCACGCUGUGCCUGCGCGCCGAGUUCACCAAGGAAUCCUACAUGCUGGCGCCUAUCGAGGAGCGCGAGGUAAUCGGCGACGCGUCUGAAACUGGCAUCCUCCGCUUUUGCGAGCACAUCCACUCUACGCAGAGGCUCCGCGACGCCCACCCGAAGGUCGCCGAGAUCCCCUUCAGCUCCAUCACCAAGUAUCAGUUGUCCAUACACCGUGACGCCAACGGCUACACGAUAAUCAUGAAAGGCGCUCCAGAAGUGAUUGUGGAGAUCUGCACGAAGAUGCUCAACACAGACGGCAUGACCCACGACAUGACCGCGAAUGAUCACUCGAUAUCUCGCAGAGCCUGCACGGAGCUAGGUUAUCUCGGUGAGCGCGUGCUGGCGUAUUGUGACCUGCACUUGCCCGCUAACGUGUACGGGCCGGACUACAAGUUCAAUACCGAGUCGCCCGCGACUUACAACUUCCCCACGAAAAACUAUAGGUUCGUUGGGCUGAUAAGUCUGCAGGAUCCGCCGAGGCCGGGCGUGCCUGAGGCGGUGGAGAAGUGCCGUACCGCCGGUAUCAAGGUGAUUAUGAUCACGGGCGAUCAUCCGGUGACGGCGAUGGCGAUCGCUAAGAAAGUGGGCAUCAUCAGCGAAGGCCACGAGACCAGGUACGAGAGAGCGAUCCUGCAGGGCAAGUCUUACACGCAGCUGUCCGAUAUGGACACCGAAGCGAUUAUCAUCACCGGUAACGAAUUGCGGGACAUGGAUUCCCGUCAAUUGGACAAUGUGAUACGUCGUUACGAGGAGAUAGUAUUCGCGAGGACGUCGCCGCAGCAGAAGUUGCUGAUCGUGGAGAGUUGCCAACGGCUGGGUGAGAUCGUGGCCGUGACCGGCGACGGCGUCAACGACUCGCCGGCUUUGCGAAAGGCCGACAUCGGGGUCGCAAUGGGUAUCGCCGGCUCCGACGUCGCUAAGAACGCGGCUGAUAUGAUACUCAUGGAUGACAACUUCGCGUCGAUCGUUACCGGCAUCGAGGAGGGUCGGCUGAUAUUCGACAACCUGAAGAAAUCGAUUGCGUAUACGUUGACGUCCAGUGUGCCGGAAAUGAUGCCGAUGCUGAGCGGCUUGAUAUUCGCCAUUCCGCUACCGUUAGUCAUCGAGUUAGUCAUCUGCAUAGACGUCGGCACCGACCUGAUUCCAGCCAUCGCGCUGGCUUACGAGAAAGCCGAGUCCGACAUAAUGCGCCGGGCGCCGCGGAAUCCUCAGUACGACAAGCUGGUGAACAAACGUCUGAUAUCCCUCACCUACGGCCAGAUUGGGAUGACGCAGUCGCUCGCUGGAUUCUACACCUACUUCAUGGUGCUCAUGAUGAACGGCUUCAUGCCUGAUCGUUUAUUGGGACUGCGAAUCGACUGGGAGAACCCGUCGAUCAACGACCUGCAGGACUCAUGGGGUCAAACGUGGACUUACGAGACUAGAAUGAACUUGUUGAAUGAGGCGCGAAGCGGCUACUUCCUCAGCAUCGUGGUAUUGCAAAUGGUGGAUCUGGUGAUGUGCAAAACCCGACGAAACUCGAUCUUCCAGCAAGGUAUGGACAACUGGUUCGUGAACUUCUCAUUUGUCUUCGAGCUCGUUCUAACGGGAGUUUUGCUGUACGUUCCUGGCACGGAGUACAUCUUGAAAACUAUGCCCCUGAAAGCUUAUUGGUACUGGCCCUGUUUGCCGUUAGCUGCGUUUCUUUGGAUCUACGAUGAACUAAGACGCCUGUGCAUUCGUAGCUUCCCAGGUGGAAUCAUGGAUAGAGAAACAUACUACUGACAAUCUGUCUCUUUGUCGGAGAUCCAUAAGAGAACAGUUGUUUCUUCAGAUAUCAUACACACAUUUUUAAUUGUCCAUAACUAAUUGUGCGACACAUGCGAACAUGUGUCUCAUGUAUUCGUUGUGUAAUCGUUAUCAUCGUAGAAUUUAUGUAAGAAAUAAGAAACCUUUAGUAAUAAAAGCUUUACUUACAGCAG